CAGCUGGCACAUGAAGUGCGGAAGAGAGACCGAGGGAGAGGAAGCCAGGCAAAAGAGAGAAGUGUGUUCGCACUCUGCUCAAGCGUUCAGGAAGAAGUUCUUUCUACAUAUACAGAGUGAAGAUAGAGAGUGAUGGCCGUAAAAUCUGGAGCAACUCCGGGGACGUACUCGCCGUCGCCGUCGACGACGGAGGCGGAGAAGAAGAAGAGGAGAGCGGCUAUUUUCAGUGAAGUCGAUUGGAUUCGCUCCGACGGCCGCGGCUUCCACCAGUGCCGCCCUGCCUUUUUAAGGACUGGUGCAGUGAAUGCCGCAUCUGGGUCUGCUUAUGCUGAGUUUGGAAAUACCAAGGUUAUUGUGUCUGUAUUUGGUCCAAGGGAAAGUAAAAAGGCAAUGAUGUACAGCGAUAUAGGUCGGCUAAAUUGUAAUGUCAGUUACACAACUUUUGCCACUCCAGUUCGUGGACAGGGAUCAGACCACAAGGAGUUUUCAUCAAUGCUUCAUAAAGCUUUGGAAGGUGCUAUAAUACUGGAGUCUUUUCCUAAGACAACUGUGGAUGUGUUUGCAUUGGUGCUGGAAUCUAGUGGCAGUGAUCUUCCUGUGGUGAUAUCAUGUGCUAGUCUUGCUCUAGCAGAUGCUGGGAUUAUGAUGUAUGACUUGGUUGCUGCUGUUUCUGUGUCUUGCCUUGGGAAGAAUCUUGUUAUCGAUCCCGUUUUAGAAGAGGAAAGUUACCAAGAUGGAAGCCUAAUGAUUACUUGCAUGCCUUCUCGGAACGAGGUCACUCAGCUGACUGUCACCGGAGAAUGGUCUACCCCAAAGAUACAUGAGGCAGUGGAGCUGUGUCUCGAUGCUUGCUCUAAGCUCGGGAAGAUCAUGAGAUCUUGCUUGAAAGAAGCUGCUUCUGGUGAAUAAGAAUAGAACGAGUCCCCCUUAUUUUUCUCUUCUAUGGUACAGAUAUAUAGAUAGGUAUUUAUCAUGUGCCAUCAAACCAUGCCUAUAAACUAUGCAUUUUUAUUGGCAUGAUUUGGCCUGAGCCUGAAUUUUGCUUCUUGUAUUCCAUGCAUGUUUAUCGUUUAGUCCCUGCA